AUGCUUGUUGACCUAAACGUUCCGUGGCCACAAAAAACGUUUGGGGACACCCCAACUGCGUCUCAAAUUCAAAAUGUUUCUUCUACUUUGGAAACUCUGCAUACGCUAGGAUACACCCACGUCGCCCUAAAUUUCACGGUCCAUCAUACAGACAAGUUCCCCUCAUCCCCCAAAGAGUUGAACCCCAUUAAAAUCGACGAGAACUUUGGAGGGUUGAUGAAAGCGACAGGCCUCAAGAUAUAUUCACGUAUCACUCUUAUCGUCGACGAUCCUUCGAAAGGACAAUCUCUAUCCAAAAUAUCUCAGGCGUUCGAUAUCGUUGCUGCGAUGCCGGUAAGUGAAAGAGCCCUCACGCUAGCCACGACGAAUCUUGAUAUUGAUAUUCUGACAUUUCAAUACAAACAACGGCUGCCGGCGUACCUGAAACACAAAAGCAUAUGCAGUUGCGUCGCUCGUGGCGUAAAGCUAGAGAUAGUGUACGCCAAUGCACUCAGGGAUAUGCAGUCUCGUCGUCAGUUUAUUCAAAACGUCAAAAGCGUUAUCAGAAGCUCCAGAUCCCGCGGUAUCGUAAUUAGCAGUGGCGCAGAAAGACCUUUAGAAUGCCGGAACGUGCUCGGAGUCACGAGCUUGAUAAAGUUUCUUGGACUUGACAGCGACAAGUGUUCUAAAGCUAUGACGGACCUGCCGGCUCUAGUUUUGUUGAAUGGUAGGCUGCGCACCAAGAGCUACAAACAAACGGUUGUUGUGGGAGGGGGAAGCGAUACUGACAUAGUAAACGAAACUGAAACAAUUGAUAAGGAAAAACUAGUCAAGAUCGUCAAGCGUCCACACAGCCGAGCUGAGUCUGAAUCGGGCAGCGUAGCUAAAAAGGCCAAGGUAUAG